UAUUGAAUUUAGCGAUCACCUGAUCCUAACCAAGGUUAAAAAUAACUUCUCAUGUGGCGUGAUCGUUUGACUGCUGGUCUCUUUAUUUAAAGUAAAACGCAGUGUUUUGAUUUAAAAAAGAAAAGAAAAAGAAAAUAAACACGGUUUUAUCAGAGAGACAAAAAGAUGGCAUCUCCUAUAAAGAUAGAAAGCCCUUCAGUACGGUACACACCGGACUUUAUCGAAGCUGACUAUAACUACACGAAUACCACCGUCCGUCAAGACGCUAAAGGGACGUAUAUUGCGACGCCAACAAAUACAAAAUAUACUUUCAGAACAAAGAGAAAGGUACCUAAGUUCGGACUGAUGCUGGUUGGUCUUGGUGGCAAUAACGGCAGCACGGUGACAGCCGCAAUCUUAGCCAAUAAACACAAAAUGUCAUGGCAUACCAAGGAAGGAAUAAAACAUGCCAAUUAUUUAGGUUCAAUCACUCAAGCCAGUACUGUUUGUUUAGGAACCGGACCCGAAGGAGAAAUUUAUGUGCCAUUAAAAGACAUGCUUCCCAUGGUUGACCCAGAUGAUAUAGUAAUUGAUGGUUGGGAUAUCUCUUCUCUAAACCUUGCCGAUGCAAUGGAACGAGCUCAAGUUUUAGAUUAUAACCUCCAAGUACAGCUGCGUCCAUAUAUGGAAAGAAUCAAGCCACGCCCCUCUGUUUACUUCCCAGACUUCAUUGCUGCCAAUCAGGCGGAUCGCGCUGACAACGUUAUCAAUGGACCAAAACAAGAAUUACUGACAAAAAUUAGACAAGAUAUAAGGGACUUUAAAACAACUAGUGGCGUUGACAAAGUGAUCGUGUUAUGGACAGCAAAUACUGAAAGAUACAGUGAACUUAUACCAGAAGUUAAUGGAAACGCAGAAAUCUUACUGAACAGCAUUAAAGCCAACGAGAGUGAAAUUUCGCCAUCUACGUUGUUCGCAGUGGCCAGCAUUCUUGAAGGGGUAACAUAUAUCAACGGUUCCCCUCAAAAUACAUUUGUACCAGGAGUUCUGGAACUGGCAGAGAAGAAGAAAGUCUACAUUGCCGGGGACGAUUUCAAAUCUGGACAGACAAAAUUAAAGUCUGUAUUGGUAGAUUUCCUAGUCAGCGCGGGUAUCAAGCCCAGGUCCAUAGUCAGCUACAACCAUCUUGGGAACAAUGAUGGAAAGAAUCUUAGCGUCCCGCAGACGUUCCGAUCUAAAGAGAUUUCAAAAAGCAACGUUGUAGAUGACAUGGUAGAUUCCAACAACAUUCUUUACCCAGAUGGUAGACGUCCUGACCACUGUGUCGUUAUCAAGUACAUCCCACACGUUGGUGACAGCAAAAGGGCAAUGGAUGAAUAUACCUCUGAAAUCAUGAUGGGUGGCUCAAACACUCUAGUUAUUCAUAACACGUGCGAAGAUUCUCUACUGGCUAGUCCUCUGAUAAUUGAUCUAGUCAUACUAGCUGAAGUUUUCGAACGAAUUCAGUACAGAACUGAAGAUAGCAAGGAAUUCCACAGUUUUAAUUCUGUUCUAUCAAUUCUGAGCUAUUUGUGCAAAGCACCACUUGUCCCCCGCGGUACACCCGUUGUAAACUCACUCUUCCGCCAAAGAAGUUGUAUUGAAAAUGUUUUACGCGCAUGCGUGGGUUUGGCUCCAACCAAUCACAUGCUUCUAGAGUAUAAGCAUGAGCAGGUUGUUCAAAAACACACAAACAAACAAACCGUUCCAAGCAAAGCAGCAAAUGGUAUUACACAAGAAACUAAUGGACAUGUCCGACAUUCGUCAGAUGAAAUUGAAAAAUAGCUUUCUUUCCUGCAAGAAAUAGGCAAUGACAUAAUUAUACAACAAUGCAAAAAUAAAUUAUUUAUAAUUUCUUUAUAUAAAAUAUCAAUUAUGUUAUCAUUAAGAACAUCGACUCGAACUUGUUUGGAAGCCAGUUUAAUGCAGUUCAGAAUAAAUACAGUAUCAAUGAGUUUGCACUUCACUCUUACUUACAUAUUAAAAAAAUCAGUUUUGUUAAUGAUUAAAUCUUGAGGUCCAGUGAAUAUACUGAUUUGGGUUUAAGACCAUAAGUGAUAAACUCGGUGUGUUUUGCAUAAUACAAGUGUAUAUGUGGAAGUGUUGCAGCAUAUGCUUCGAUUUGCUGAAGCAUCGCAAGCAUAAAGCCAUAACUUCAAAAGUAAAGGCAUUUUUAGAACAUUAACAGUUACUGUUCUAUGAGAAAAACUGCUUCUUUGUGAAAUAUGAUAUUUAUUUUGAUAUGAUUUAUAUUCAUUUAUAUGAUAUUUAUGUGUUUAACACUGAACUUAGGUUGAAUUUAUAUAUUUUUAUACUAUGAAUAAAUCGUAAAAUAAAAUAUUUCAUCCUAA